CUGUUCUGGUUUGUCAUUUGCAACUGGCUGGGAGCAUUCGACUCAGUGGCAACUUGUCCAUUUCACAGGAGGUGGGGAAAGAAAAGUUCGUGGGAACGUUUUUUUAUUCUCUGAGUGUGUGUGAGUUGCAGUCUUUUUGCAGCGCAUGGAUUUCAAGAGUGGGACCAGCUGAUCGUUGACUUGGGAGGGAGCGAUCAUUCAUCCUUCUGUCACUGGACUUGACUGACUUGUACAUGAAGAAUGUGUGAGAUGUCAAGCUUCCUACAUGUUGGGGACAUCGUCUCCCUGUACGCUGAAGGAGCAGUCAAUGGUUUCAUCAGUACUUUGGGCUUGGUGGAUGACAGGUGUGUGGUGGAGCCAGGAGGUGGGGACCUUGAAAACCCUCCAAAAAAAUUCAGAGAUUGCCUUUUCAAAGUAUGUCCUAUGAACCGCUACUCUGCGCAAAAGCAAUAUUGGAAAGCCAAACAGGCAAAGCAAGACAAAGAUAAAAUUUCUGAUGCAGCACUUUUACAGAAGUUACAGCAUGCAGCUGAGCUGGAGCAGAAGCAGAAUGAGACAGAGAAUAAAAAAGUACACGGCGAUGUGAUAAAAUAUGGGAGUGUCGUGCAGUUGCUGCACAUGAAAAGCAAUAAGUACCUGACUGUGAACAAGAGGCUACCGGCUCUGUUGGAGAAAAAUGCCAUGAGAGUCACUCUGGACACCACAGGGAACGAAGGUUCUUGGUUAUUCAUUCAGCCCUUUUGGAAGCUGAGAAGCAAUGGGGACAAUGUGGUUGUUGGGGACAAAGUGAUUUUAAAUCCUGUCAAUGCUGGGCAACCGCUACACGCAAGUAAUUACGAGCUGCUUGAUAAUCCAGGAUGUCAAGAGGUAAACUCUGUGAACUGCAACACAAGCUGGAAGAUAAACCUAUACAUGAAGUACAGAGACUACAUGGAAGAUGUUUUGAAGGGGGGUGACGUGGUUCGCUUGUUCCAUGCGGAGCAGGAGAAGUUUCUCACGUGCGACGAAUACAAGUCGAAGCUGCACGUUUUCCUGCGCACCACGCUGCGGCAGUCCGCCACCUCGGCAACCAGCUCCAAUGCACUGUGGGAGGUCGAGGUUGUCCAUCAUGAUCCCUGCAGAGGAGGAGCUGGCCAUUGGAACAGCCUCUACAGAUUCAAACAUCUCGCUACCGGACAUUACCUGGCUGCUGAGGAAAAUCCAGCUUACAAAGGAGAUGUUGCUGCCGAGUCUAAAUCUUCAGCGGAAUACAAAAGCCGACAGAGCACUAAGAAAACAGGGAAUAAGACCAAAUUCAAACUGGUGGCCGUGGCCCACUCAAACGACAUUGCAUCGCUGUUUGAGCAGGAUCCAACAACUCUGCAAAAGACAGACUCGUUUGUUCCCAGGAACUCGUAUGUGAGACUGCGACAUCUGUGCACCAAUACGUGGAUUCAGAGUACAAAUGUGCCCAUUGAUACCGAAGAAGAGAGACCGAUAAGACUGAUGCUUGGAACGUGCCCAACCAAAGAGGAUAAGGAAGCCUUUGCCAUCGUCUCUGUCCCAGUUUCAGAAAUUCGGGAUUUGGAUUUUGCGAAUGACGCCAGUAAAAUCCUGGGGACGAUUGUUGAGAAGAUUGAACAGGGAGCCUUGAGCCACAAUGAUCGAAGGUUUGCCAUCAAACUGUUGGAGGACCUGGUUUUCUUCGUUGUGGAGGUGCCCAACAAUGGACAGAACGUUCUGGACAUCGUCAUGACAAAACCCAACCGGGAAAGGCAGAAACUGAUGCGGGAGCAAAAUAUCCUGAAACAGAUAUUUGGAAUCCUGAAGGCUCCAUUCAAAGAUAAAGAAGAUGGGCCUAUGUUGAGGUUGGAGGAGCUGUCUGACCAGAAGAACGCUCCAUAUCAGUACAUGCUUCGUCUGUGUUACAGAGUCAUCCGGCACUCACAGGAUGACUACAGGAAAAACCAGGAACAUAUCGCCAAGCAAUUCGGAGUGAUGCAGUCUCAGAUUGGCUAUGACAUUCUGGCUGAAGACACCAUUACAGCGCUGCUCCACAACAACAGGAAACUUCUAGAAAAACACAUCACAAAAAAAGAGAUUGAAACCUUCGUCAAACUGGUCCGGAAGAACAGAGAGCCCAGAUUCUUAGACUAUUUAUCUGACCUGUGUGUUUCUAACCACAUCGCCAUUCCAGUGACCCAGGAACUUAUUUGCAAAUGCGUAUUGGAUCCCAUGAAUCAAGAUAUUCUGAUAAAAACAGAGCUGAGGCCAGUGAAGGAGAUGUCCCACACGUCAGAGUACAUGAGUAUGGAGUACUUUGAUGACGAAGUUUGGUUGUUGUGGACAGACAAAAACAACGAAAGCCAGGACAAGAGCAUCAGACAACUUGCUCAGGAAGCCAGGGCUGGAAACCUUCAUGAUAAAAACAUUCUGACUUAUUACAGGUACCAGUUAAAACUCUUUGCAAGGAUGUGCCUGGAUCGUCAGUAUUUAGCCAUCGAUGAAAUUUCCAAGCAGCUGAGCGUGGAUCUGAUAUUCCUGUGCAUGGCGGACGAAAUGCUGCCGUACGAUAUCCGUGCCUCCUUCUGCCACCUGAUGCUGCAUGUCCACGUGGACAGGGACCCUCAGGAGCGGGUGACGUCUGUCAAGUUUGCCCGGCUCUGGACCGAAAUCCCCACAACCAUUACUAUCAAAGAUUAUGAUUCCAACAUGAAUGACUCACGGACUGACAUGAAAAACAAGUUUGCUCACACGAUGGAGUUUGUGGAAGAUUAUCUGAACAACGUGGUGAACGACUCUUAUCCGUUUUCCGAUGAGGAGAAGAAUAAGCUCACGUUCGAGGUUGUCAGUUUGGCUAGGCAUUUGAUCUACUUCGGAUUCUACAGUUUCAGUGAACUCUUGAGGCUGACCAGAACACUGCUGGGCAUUAUAGAUUGUGUUCAAAAUCCCAACGGAAUGGAAGCUAUGUUUCACGAAGAGGGAGCAGGAAAAAAUAUGAAGAUGUCGAUUCACGGAGUUGGUCAGAUGAUGUCCACUAUGGUUCUAAGCAGAAAACAAUCUAUCUUUAGCACCUUCGCUCGCCCCAGCGUAAGCCUAGAACCACAAUUAAAACCAAGAGACAUCCCCGACAGAGAGAACAUCAUAGUUAUGGACACCAAACUGAAAAUCCUGGAGAUUUUACAGUUCAUCCUUAAUGUUAGACUGGAUUUUCGGAUUUCCUACCUGCUGUCAGUCUUCAAGAAGGAAUUUGUGGAGAGUAACCCAGUACCAGAUAACAGUGCCGAAGGAGCCACCGCUGCAACUUUUAUGGAGCCAACCGCCACAACCGUCAACCUGGAUCAUAUUGCUGAUCAAGCGGAGGCCAUGUUCGGAGUUGGCAAACACUCCACGUUGGAGGUGGAUGAUGAAGGGGGUACGAUGUUCUUGCGAGUGCUGAUACACCUGACCAUGCAUAACUACCCGCCUCUGGUCUCUGGGUCUCUGCAACUUCUUUUCAAACACUUCAGCCAGAGGCAGGAGUUGGUCACCACCUUCAAACAGGUCCAGCUUCUCAUAUCCACUCAAGACGUUGAGAACUACAAAGGGAUCAAGUCGGAUUUGGAUCGGUUGCGGACCAUGGUGGAGAAGUCUGAGCUCUGGGUAGACAAAAAAAGCAUUGGAUCGCCUGAAGGAAAGAAAGUAAAACCUGUGGAGCCUGGCGAAGACUCGUCUUUGGAGAAGACAAUUGGGGGGAAAAGUAGUGGCAGCUAUCAAAGUGUCAAAGAGAUUUUGGAGCGACUGAACAAAAUGUGUGGGGUCGGAGAGCAAGUCAGGAAGAAACAACAGCGACUGCUGAAAAACAUGGGGACUCACAAAGUGAUGCUCGAUCUGCUGCAGGUGCCAUACGAGAAGAACGAUACCAAAAUGCUUGAGAUUCUGAAGUACACGCACCAGUUUCUGCAGAAGUUUUGUGCUGGAAAUCCGGAGAACCAGACUCUGCUUUACAAACACCUGAACCUGUUCCUGAAUCCUGGACUCUUAGAGGCUGAGACCAUGCAGCACAUCUUCAUGAACAAUUAUCAGCUGUGCUCUGAGAUCAGCGAAGGGGUCCUGCAGCACUUUGUGCACUGCUUAGCAACUCACGGCCGUCACGUUCAGUACCUCGAGUUCUUACACACCAUCAUCAAAGCCGAGGGGAAGUACGUUAAGAAGUGUCAAGACAUGGUGAUGACAGAGCUGACCAGCGCCGGCGAUGACGUUGUGAUAUUCUACAAUGACAAGGCCUCGUUCUCCACCAUGCUGGAAAUAAUGAGCGCGGCCCGAGAAGGCGUGGAGGAGAACAGCGCUCUCGCCUAUCACAUCUCCCUGGUGAACCUCCUCGCUGCUUGCGCCGAGGGCAAGAACGUCUACACGGAGAUCAAGUGUACCUCGCUGCUGCCUCUGGAGGACGUUGUGAGAGUCAUCACUCAUGAGGACUGCAUAACGGAGGUGAAAAUAGCCUACGUCAACUUUGUGAAUCACUGCUACGUGGACACAGAGGUCGAGAUGAAAGAGAUCUAUACCAGUAAUCAUAUCUGGAAACUUUUCGAGAACUUCACCGUGGACAUGGCCAGGGUGUGCAACAAAAGGGAGAAAAGACUUUCGGAUCCUACGCUGGAGAAAUAUGUGGUGACUGUUGUCAUGGAUACCAUUAAUGCGUUCUUCAGCUCUCCAUUCUCUGAAAACAGCACAUCAUUGCAGACACAUCAGUCAAUUGUCGUGCAGCUGCUACAGUCCACAUGUCGGCUCCUAGAUUGCUCCUGGCUGCAACAGCAGCAAAAGUCCUCAGUUGAAACCUGUAUCAGGACCUUGGCGUUGAUGGCCAAGAGCCGUUCAAUACCGCUCCCACUGGACCUGGACACCCAAGCCAGCACUCUGUUAAAUCUCCAGUUGCAGUCAUCUCAAAGAAACGCCCCCAACUGGAAAUCAAGCACCCGAGCUUUCCCUCGGACCCCUGCCUCCCAGCAGCAGUGGGAAUACAAGAACAUCAUCGAGAAACUACAGGAUAUCAUAACAAAACUGGAAGAAAGGCUGAAGCCUCUAGUGGAUGCUGAAUUUCACGUGCUGGUUGAUGUCUUGCAUAGGCCGGACUUGCUUUUUAUGGAAGGGUCGGACGCUAAGCAACGAUGCGAAAAUGGAGGAUUUAUCUCAAAGCUAAUUCAACACACAAAGGAUCUGAUGGCAACAGAAGAGAAGCUCUGCAUCAAAGUUUUGCGCACACUUCAACAAAUGCUGAUCAAGAGAGAGAGUGUUGGAGAACGGGGAAACGGUUUGCGAAAAACUCUUCUGAACGCCUACCUUUAUAACAAAAAGCUCAACUCGAAAGCUGACUCUGGCGAUCUGUCCAUUGCGGAUCUAGAUAAGGUCCAGGACUGGAGCUCAAUCACUGCCGUCCAGUGGCGUAUGGACAGAGAAGGAGCCACAAAACUGGUUGCCGAUCUCAUCACAAGUUCCAAAAAUGACAAGAUUUUCCAGGAGAGCAUUUUACUUGCCAUCGCCCUGCUGGACGGAGGAAACACGGAAAAUCAGAAUUCCUUCUACAUUCUCAUGACCGGAGACAACAAAUCGGAGAAGUUUUUCAAGGUGCUUCAUGAUCGCAUGAAAAUCGCUCAACAGGAAAUCAAAGCAACCGUGUUGGUCAAUGUGAACGAUUUGGGAAGCAAGAUGUCAAAGGAUGAUGUGCAUGAGAAAGCAAGCACAGCUAACGGACAUGGGCAUAAAGGAAAGGAUGUGCAAUACCUCUUGGCAAAUGCACACAACAGGUCACACAAUCACAAAUUAGGAGAUGCUGAUUCUGGGCAAAAGCAAGAUGAGAUGGGCCCAACGGUGGCGAUAAUGCAGCCCAUCCUACGACUUCUACAGCUCUUGUGUGAGAACCAUAACAGUGACCUCCAGAAUUUACUCCGCUGUCAGAACAACAAGACAAACUAUAACUUAGUCUGCCAGACGCUUCAGUUCUUGGACAUUAUGUGUGGAAGCACCACAGGAGGCCUUGGGCUGCUGGGACUGUACAUCAAUGAAAAUAACGUUCCCCUUAUCAUUCAGACACUGGAGACUCUCACGGAAUACUGUCAGGGGCCUUGCACUGAAAAUCAGACGUGUAUUGUAACUCACGAAUCCAACGGCAUCGAUAUUAUCACUGCACUGAUCCUGAACGAUAUUAGCCCUCUCUGCAAGUACAGGAUGGACCUUGUGUUGCAGCUAAAGGACAAUGCUUCCAAACUUUUACUUGCACUUAUGGAAAGCAGACACGACACUGAGAAUGCUGAACGGAUACUCUUUAAUUUGCGGCCACAGGAACUGGUUGAUGUGAUAAAGAAGGCGUACUACCAAGAGGAAGAAUGUGAGAAUUUAGAAGUUUCCCCAAGGGAUGUGGGACACAAUAUUUACAUUUUAGCUCUCCAGUUGUCACGUAAUAACAAACAACUGCAGCAGUUGCUGAAACCAGUCAAACGGAUGCAAGAGGAGGUGGAAGAAGGCAUCUCCAUGCUCGUUCUGAACAACAUGCAACUGCAACAGAUGCUUAAAUCAGGCAAACCAGAGCAACAAGAAGAGGAAGACCCUUUGACCUAUUACUCGAAGCACACAGCACAGAUAGAGAUUAUUCGGAACGACAGAAGUAUGGAGCAGAUCAUAUUCCCGGUGCCAAGUAUCUGCGAAUACAUCACAAAAGAUUCCAAGCACAGAGUCUUCAACACCACUGAGCAGGACGAGCAAGGCAGCAAAGUCUACGACUUUUUUGAGAAGUCCAUAUUUUUGCACAAUGAGAUGGAAUGGCAAAAGAAACUCAGGAGCAUGCCAGUGCUGUACUGGUAUUCCAGGAGGAUGUCACUUUGGGGCAGCAUCUCCUUCAACCUCGCUGUCUUUAUCAACUUGGUCAUCGCUUUCUUUUACCCGUAUGGAGAAGCCACCUCAGUGGGAGCCCUGGAUUCUUCUUUUCUCUCACUCGUCUUUUGGGUUGUAAUAUGCUUCUCAGUAGUUUCUCUGCUUUCCAAGAGAUAUGGCCUGAGGCCAUUAAUAGUAGCACUGAUAAUCCGAUCGAUAUAUUACAUAGGAAUUGGCCACACAUUGCUAACAUUGGGAGUUUUCAAUCUCAUCAACAAAAUUGUGUUCGUGGUCAGUUUUGUGGGCAACUGUGGGAAAUUUAUCUUGGGAUACAAGGCCAUGAUCAUGGAUAUGGAAUUCCUUUAUCAUGUUGCAUAUAUAUUGAUCAGUGUCCUGGGUCUCUUCGUGCACGAGUUUUUCUACAGCAUUCUGCUGUUUGAUCUGAUCUACAGAGAAGAGACGCUGUUCAAUGUGAUAAAGAGCGUCACGAGGAACGGACGCUCGAUCCUGCUGACAGCCGUGCUGGCUCUCAUCCUCGUCUACCUCUUCUCAAUCGUGGGCUUCCUCUUCCUCCGGGAUGAUUUCAUUAUGGAAGUUGACAGGUUACCGAGCAACAGGACAAAAGAUCCUUUUACAGUACAUGGAAAUAUAAUGAAGGAUGCCAUUAAUUCAUGCCCUGCUGAUGAUAUUAAUUGCUCCGUAGGUAUCCAAGCUGUUGAGUCACAAGAUGAGGAGGAGAGUGACAAGGAGAAUGCCUGUGAGACUCUAUUGAUGUGCAUCGUAACUGUACUGAAUCACGGGCUGCGGAAUGGAGGAGGUGUCGGAGAUGUCCUCCGACAGCCUUCAAAAGACGAGGCGCUCUUUCCCGCUCGUGUGGUCUUCGAUCUUCUGUUUUUCUUCAUUGUGAUCAUCAUUGUGCUGAAUCUGAUCUUUGGCGUCAUCAUCGACACCUUUGCCGAUCUGAGAAGCGAGAAGCAGAAGAAAGAAGAAACUCUUAAGUCGACUUGCUUUAUCUGUGGUCUGGAACGAGAUAAGUUCGACAACAAGACAGUAUCGUUUGAAGAGCACAUUAAAUUGGAACACAAUAUCUGGAACUACCUUUAUUUCAUUGUACUGGUCAGAGUUAAAAACAGAACUGAUUUCACAGGCCCAGAAAGCUACGUUUCACAAAUGAUGAAGAGCAAAAAUCUAGACUGGUUCCCUCGCAUGCGUGCCAUGUCUCUGGUCAGCAAUGAAGGAGAGGGAGAACAGAAUGAACUCCGAAAUCUACAGGACAAGCUGAAUGCCACAAUGAAGCUGGUGAUAAACCUCACAAAUCAGCUCACAGAACUAAAGGAACAGAUGACGGAACAAAGGAAACGCAGACAGAGAAUGGGAUUUGUGGAUGUCCAAAACAGCUCAGCAAACCCAAAUCACCAAAUGAUUAAAGCCUGAAACACUCCAUUUGUUACAAAUACUCCCAAGUCACUGCCUUGAGAAUGCGGUUGUACUACACAUCUUCUCUACGACGAAAGAAAACCCGAACAGUAGCUUAGAUUGAAUAGGACUGCAUUCCAACAAAAGAUCUUACAACAACUAAAACACAUACAAUUGAUUUGUUAAUCGCACGUUAGGUGUAACUCUUUAGGAAGAGAAGUAGUUUUGUUACAAUUUUAUUUUACUUUGAAUCUGGUUUGAUGAUUGCUAUUUUCUCACUGCGGGUUAUAUUUGAGAAAUUCUGCCACUCGAAUAGAUGCCUGUUUUACAUUUUGGUAAAAUUGGUCAGCUUGAAGAGAUAUCCAACUUUGCUGCUUCAGGCAAAUAAACACGUUUGCUCAAUAAAACCUUCCAACUACUACUGCUACUACUAACUUUUCCUGCAGGUUUCUGCAAAGUGCUUUGCAUAAAACACUAUUGUAGCAGCAGUGGCUGAGCCCAUGGGUUCCAUGCUGGAAUAGGAGGCAAGAGAGUAGCAUCACCUCAUAAUUUAUUCGACUGGAGCUUCUCAUUGCAGAAUUGUACCUGUUGUGCACAUACACUGCAGCCAAUAGCACACGCGCAUAUCUGCUGCACUUGCACAACACGCCGACUAACCGGUGUAUGUAUACCAGGGCCCAUCGGUCAGAACAUUGGACCAUUGAAAUCUAAUAAAAUAUUUCAUAUUAACUUUAUUUGGAAUGUGGAAUACUUUAUACCAGUCACGUGGUAUAGGGAGUAUAUGUUUGACCAUUUAGUACUGCUGAUAUGGACUAUAUACACUGUUUCAGCAGGAAAGUUCUAUCUCGCAAGGUUCUUCUGCUUUCUUGUCGGUGGCCAUAUGAUCUGCAAUGAAACAAUCUAUUGCUCUAGGGAGUUCUUAGUUUUUCAGAUUUCUUGCGGAGGUGCAAUCGCUUUUCAUGUGGGAGGAUAGCAAUGAAUUAAACACGGGUCUGCAAAGUAUUUGUGCUGGAUUGUGGCAAAAUAUGCAGACUUGUGUUGUAGACUUGCUGAAUUUCUACUUUAUAUGUGGCAAUUUGAUCACAGUAUUUUAAUCAUUCUUUUUUUAGAUUUACAGAUGUCAUACGUUUAAAUGACUAAUUACCUCUGCAAUGGUUGCUCUAGGUCCAGAUUUAUUUAUUUUGCUUUUCUUCAAAACAUCUUUAGCAAUCUAUUGCAGGUGGAUAGGCUGCUUCUAGAUAAAUAUGCUCACCAAAUGUCACUUGAUUAUGUGACAUUUGUUUAGUUUUGUUAUUCCUAAGACUGGAAUAAAGGGACCACUUCACUAUUGAUAUAACUGGAUUUUAUCCCACUCAGUACUUUGGUCUGAUGAUCAUUCAGAUCAAGAAAUAUUUAGGAUAUGUUUCCUACUGUAAUAUGUGGGCUUCAUAGAUCCAAAUGGAAUGUGAAUUAUUAAUGAAGUCAGAAUGUGGUGCAAAAUGGUCAUCUGCGACAGGUGCAAAUACUAGUGAUAGCCUAAAAUUAAAUAUUAUUUUGGUGUAAGGAAAGAACCUCACUUUCUGUUUUUACCAGAAAGGGAAAUUGCACAUACAUGGUCGAAGUGUUAAUAAAAAUAUGAAACAGCAAA